GGGGCGGGGUUUGUCCUAAUACGGGUGGAGAAAGAAAGUCGUUUCCGCAGAAGUGAAACUUUAAUCGAAAGGGAAACACUGCCCAGGAUGGACAGAAGGCAUCUGCUGAGCGAUCAGGAUGAGCCCACAGCAGGGCCAGCCUGUCACCACCCGUCUGUCCCUACUGCAGGUCAGUGGACAGAGGCCACAGCUCCUUCUAUAGAAGACAUGCCCACAGUGCCCGGCUAUGAAAACUUAGGCCCUGGUUACAAUGAUGUUCCACCCCCACCAGGAGGAUAUCAGCAUCCGCAGCCACCGGCUACCUCACCUACCAGACGCUGGGACAUUCCUGCCAUUUCUGAGGAGCUUGCCAGGGAGGCUUUCACUGAGUAUGCCUACAGCAGUUGUUGCUACAGCAGGAAACCACCCAAAGAGAUGGUCUUAACAGACUUUCAAGCUCUUAACACCUAUCGGUAUCGACUGGAGACGUUUACAGAGUCAAGAUCCACUGAAUGGGCCACUGAACCAUAUAAUGGCCAGUUAGUGGAUGGAAUGAGUGGUGUAGCUCCUGGCCCGUGGGAUGUGGCUGUCUCCGUACCUACUCUGUUUGUGGAUUCUGAAAUGGAUAUUCGCAUCCCGCAUACGGCCUCCAUAAAGGGCUGUCACUCUUGCCUGAAUCUUGGCAAAUCUGCAUGUAAUCGAUGUGUAACAUCUGGCAGGAUCCAGUGUGAAAUGUGCGGUGGCUCAGGGACGAACACGUCUAAUCAACGGUGUUAUUCCUGUAAUGGGCUGGGUAGAGUCAAAUGUAGAGACUGCUCAGGAGUCGGAUCAACCACCUGCACAACCUGUCAAGGAAGAGGACAACUCCUUUGCUACGUCAAGCUGAAGAUUAAGUGGACAAACAACGUUUAUGUGCAGGUGAUGGAUAAGCGCUCAGGAUUCUCUGUUGACCUUCUUGAUUCUGUUGCUGGAGAAACGCUUCUUACUGACAUGAAUGCACUGGUCUAUCCAGUCAGCAGUUUCCCUGAUGAGGCAGUAAACACAGCUUCAAGGAAGGCUGUGCAGGAACAUCAGGCUCAGUUCUCCACCUCCUGCCGUAUCCUACAGCAGAGGCAGACCAUCGAGCUGAUCCCGGUCACUCGAGUCCAUUACGCCUGGAAGGAGAAGACGCACAUCUUCUUUGUGUAUGGAGCUGAGCACAAGGUCUUCACCAAGGACUACCCUGCCAAGUGUCUCUGCUGCACCAUUUCUUAAGACUUUUAUUACAGCACUGUUCAGCCUGCAUCAUUCAUCACUUAUUCAUCGCUGUUUUGUAUUGUGUUAGUAGUUAAACACAUAAGACACUGAAAUGUGUUUUGAUUUAUACAUUUUUACUUUGUUUCAUUUGGCAUUUCAAGUUCAAAGCCAAAACGUUAACAGGGAUGUGGGAGGAAAAUGAAUUUCAUUAUGUUUUGUUUGUGACAGCAUCUGUGCUGCUUUGUGGUUAUCCACACCUCUGACUUAUGGGAUUUACGAUUAUUUUUUAGACCAAAAGUGCAUUAAAAAGAGAACAAUAUAGCACUACCAACUUCAUUUUUCUAUGCUGUGCUAAGUUCAUGUGUUGUAGUUCUGUAAGUUACUCGGGUUCCUUAUGUCGUUUUUUGACCUAAUAUUUUUGUUGUUUUUGUAAGUUGUUUUUGUAAAGUUACUUUCAUUUUAACUGUAUUUCACCAAAGUUACAGUACUUUUACUCGAGUUUGGGUUUAGGCCACCCUUCCCUCCCCUGGCUGGCUCUCACAUUUCAAGGGCAUAUAUAUUCACAUUCACAUAUUAACAAUUUUACACGAUGAGUUUAUGUUACAGUCUCCCAGCUUUAAUUCACGAUGUGAAUUAAAUCUAUGAAUUUGUAAAAAUGUGGUAUCAUUACAUUUCUCCAUAUUUUGUAAAAGGUUAUAGGUUGUCAUUUUAAAGAAUAAUCAUGACUGUUACAAUGAUCCAAAUGAUAUUGUGAGAAUAAACCAGACAAAUAUUAUGCA